AAUUCCGACUUUAAAUAUAGUUAAGACUAUUAAUAGUAAAAUUUUAUUCAAUAAAUGAAACUCAAAAUGCGUAAUUGCGGUCCAAGUUUGAUUAAAUAUGUUCUAUUUGCCUUCAAUGUGCUCUUUGCGCUAUCUGGCCUGGGCAUACUGAUUGCUGGCGCUAUUGUCCUUGCUGAUGUCAGUGAAUUUAAUCACUUUGUGGAAGGUCGUGUCCUGGCCCCACCCGUUGUACUGAUAGUCACCGGAUUAAUAAUAUUCCUGAUAGCAUCAUUUGGCUGUUUCGGUGCCAUCAAAGAGUCACCCAAUCUUCUACUAACGUAUGCUGUACUUUUGGCCAUCAUUUUCAUUGUGGAAUUAGCUGUGGGCAUUGCAGCUAGUGUAUUCAAAAAAGAUCUCGAAAUGAUGGUCAAGAAUUCACUGCAGGAGUCUAUAAAACGUUCCAGUAGUGAAGAUACCAUGGCCUGGGAUAACAUUCAGCGUAAAUUGAUGUGCUGUGGCGUCGAUACUCCGGCGGAUUGGCGUACGAUAAGUGCCAACAAAACAUUGCCGGCGAGUUGCUGUCAGCCUCAGUAUAUAGACACUACGGUGGGUCAUUGUCUAGACUCGCCAGCCUUGGGCAAGGAUAAAUACUAUCAAGUUGGCUGUGUGGGUGAACUUAAGAAACGCAUCGAUAAAAAUGCUGUCAUCUUGAUUGGUGUGGGCAUUGGCAUUGCCUUUAUUCAGCUUCUAGGCAUUGCUUUGGCCUGCUAUCUUGCCUCAUCCAUACGACGGGAUCGAUCCCAGUAAAUUCCAUAAGUUAAUUUCUAUUUUAUAUUUAUAACAUACAUACAUAAAACGAUUUAAUUGAUGUAGUCCUCAAAAGAGAAAUAUUCGAAAUCUUUGCUCAACUGAAGUUUAAUUAAAUGGAACAAUGGUAUACGAAAGAAAACGCAACAACCGUUUAAAGUUGUAACAACAUUAAAA